AUGAAAGUGUUUAUCGUAUCCGCGGUGCUCCUGGCCUGUGCUAUGGCCGCCCCUGCUCCAGGCGAGGAAACUUCCACCACCGGAAGUGCGCUGAAUAUGGCUAUGAAGUUCUUCGGCAGCUGUUUUGAAUCGGACGAAAUGGGAACCUGUCUGGCGGUGAAAGGAAUUACCGCUUUGAACCGUGCUGCCCGUGCCAGUAACAUCGAAAUCGUGCCUGGUGUAACCUUCUCAAGAGAUCCAAAUGUCCCUGCUGAGCGCAUGGGCAAAUCCGUCUCGGAGAACGAAAUCAUCAGCACCCUGCCAGCCACCUCGGAAGAAAAGAGCGACGCUCUGUUCGAUAUGGCCGUCGAUUCCGCCAAACGGCUGUUCACCGCUCGCUCGAUCCAGAUCCGUCUGCCCGAGGAAGCCACCGAAACCAUUGCCCGCUCGAUCGAAGAAGGUAGACUGCUGAAGAAAGGCAAAAAACUGAAGAAGGUCCUCGGCCCACUGGUUUUGGCUGUCGGUGGUAAGCUGUUCGCUCUGCUGCCCCUGCUGCUCGGAGGUGUUGCCCUCCUGGCCGUCAAGGCUCUGUUCGUCUCGAAGAUCGCUCUGGUUCUGGCUCUUGUAUUGGCCGCGAAAAAAUUCCUAGGUGGAGCCGUUGAUGGAGCAAGCACUCUGGGUCUACUAUCCAAGGCCGUUGGAGGUGGAGGAGCCGGUCUAGGAGCUGCCGUCGGUGGUGGAGCCGCCGCCCCUGCUGCUGCUGGAUGGUCGGGUGCUGGUGCUAGUGGUUGGUCCCAAGGAAACGCCCAGUACCCAUAUGCCCGCAGCUACGAUACUGCCCAGGAUCUUGCUUACAGCGCUCAGGCUCCAAAGGCGUAA